AUGGGUACCGGAGCUUCGGGACAGAAGUCACCUUCUCAGCUUGCUAUAGCUCUUUGGAAGAUUCUUGAAAAUGAUAUCUAUGGUAAUGGCUGGUUCAAUUUAGCUCAAAAAUACCUCCUAGAUGGUGCUGAUAUAACAAUGCCAAAUAAACAAGGCGCUUAUAUGACACCAUUUGUUGUGAAGAAAAGACAAUUAAAUCAACAAGCUGGAAGACAGUUUCAAGUUGACAUGUAUCAGGCAUUCAUUCAACUGCUGGUGAAACGUGCUUCUGAAUUACUUGUGAAAGCACUUGACCAAGGUGGCAACAGUAUGACUGAAAUACAAUUCCUGGUUGGUACAUUAAAUGCUGAUUGUUAUCAAGGCGAAACAUACGGUAUAUUAGGCUUAUUGGGACACGUGUUACGACAGAAUGGUAGUGCUGUACGUUUGGAAAUUGUACAAUUUCUCAUUGAAUCUGAUGAACGUAACAAACUGGCUUUGGGAAAACGCGAUCAAACAACGUGUAUCGAACUAGCUAACACUGUGAACAAGGACAAACAUGUGAUAGAUUAUUUACAACAGCAAUUGAAUAUGUUAUUGAAUAAAAUUCCAUUUCAACGUGAUAUUCCAACUGAAGAAAUUAAUCAAUGGAUUCUGAAUGGAGCUGAUACAGAAUGGGUAGAUGAAAAUGGUGACACUGUCCUUUAUUUUGAACAGUUACUUGUUGCCAAUAAAUUUGAAUUCUGUCAAACUCUUCUAGCAGCUAAUGCUAAUACAAAAUUUCAAAAUAAGCGACAUCAAACUCCAAUUGAUAUUGCACAGAGUCAACCCUCUAUUAAUGCAGAAUUAGUUAAAAUUCUCAAAAAUCAAGAUGUUAAUAAUGAAUUGAAAUCAGCUAUUGUGGAUCACAAGCCAGUUGAUGUUAUGCGAGAAAUUCUAUCUAGACGUGCUGAUAUUAAAGCCAUUACAAAUGUGAAUCAAGAUACAUUUCUACAUUUAUUACUUUCAAAUAGAAAUGCAACACCAGACCUUCUGAACAUUUUUGUGAAUGAGUAUCAUGCCGAUAUUCAUGCAAUGAAUUUAAAAGGACAUCGUUCAAUUGAAACACUUAUUAUAAGUGACUACGAUGAUCAAUCAAUAGAAUCAUUGAUGAAUGAGUUUUUCAAAUUCAAGCAAUUCACAACAGAUUGCUUCUACAAUGAAAGACUAAAAUUGAAUCUUCUUGCAUUUGCCGACCAACAGAAGAAGUCAAAAGCCAAAGACUUAAUUCAAUCAGAAUUAAAUCAACGUUUGUGGAAACUGUGUCUAGAUAGUGUAACACAUAAUAGCGAUGGAAACAACGAAGAAAAGGAAAUUGAAAUUCGUCAAGAAUUAGCCAAACUUGUUGAAUAUGGUGCACAAAUAGAUCAUCUACAUAAACAGAACAAGACAGAUGACGAUGAAUGGACAGUAGUUCACAUACUUUGUAAACUAGGAAAUUUAAAACUACUGCAAUAUCUUAUUCAAAAUUUAAAAGCAAAAUCUUACAAUCAGCCAACAUCAAAACUAGCUGAUCAUCCCGUCUCAAUUGCAGCUGAAUACGGUCACUUGCCUAUCAUCCAUUAUCUUCGAGAAACAUUCGACGAUGUCGAUCUAAAUGUCUCAAAUUCAAAUGGAGACUCGCCACUACACAAAGCAGCGAAAAACAAUCAUUUUCUCGUCGUUCGUUAUCUCGUUCUAUGGGGUGCUGAUCCUCAAACGUUGAAUUCAGCACAACAAACGCCAUUACAAUUAGUCACCUCAUCCAAUUCUACAAAACAAUUGAUUCAAUUCCUAGAACAAUUGGUAGAUAUUUCUACUAACACUGCAGAAGAUAAGCAACCACGUUUAUCCUCAGCACAUCGUCCAAGCGAUGAUUUUGAUUAUUGUAAACUAGUUACACCAAUUCAAUUUUAUCAUUCACAACCUCUUUUUAGUGACCUAGCUCCGGAAAGUAACAGAUCUAGUGGUAUAUUUGGCCCAUCAUCUCCAAAUGAACGACUACACGAUGCAGCUACUAACGGUGAUAUUAAUAUGGCUCAAAAUGCAAUAGCUAGUGCAGCUGACGUGCGUCAUCGAGAUCAACAUGGCCAUUGCAGUUAUAAACAAGCAAUGAUAAAAGCUGAUGAAUAUCGUAAGAAGAUUCCGCAUUCCAAUGAAGAACGACAGCAGUAUGCUACGAUGGUACAUGCUUGUAGUCAAGUAGCCCAGUAUAUAUCAACCGUUGCGCGUAAUCAAUUGAUUGAAUCAAUUAAAAAAUCAAAUGUUGGACGAGUUAUGGCCUUUCAUCAGAGUGGUGCUCCACUAACUCCCGAUCUUCUUCAACUUGCAUGCACUACCUCAAGUGAUAAUAUUGAAAUUGUUGACUAUCUGGUGUGCAACAGUCCCGACACUUAUAAAGCGAUGUUCAACUUUUCUAUUAAUACUGAUUCACCCUAUGCAACAGCUUUGAAGAUGAAAUACACAAACAUUGCUAACUAUAUACAAUGGCGACUCACAGAACAACUAUCAAAUGCCGUCACUCAAAAUAGCACUCAACUCGUCCGACAACUUCUACUAGCGGGUGCCAGUGCUGAUAUAAUUAACAGCAAAAAUUUAGAUCAAGCUAUUAAAAGUAACAAUUUGAAAAUAGUACGUGCUCUAUGUGAACACGGUGCUCGUCUUCCAACUUCUGUGACCAGUACAAAUCCACAGAUAACAUCCUGUUUGAAACGAUACAAACUCAAUCAUGAUUUACGUGAAGCAGCUGCAAAAGGAAAACUAGAAGAUAUUAAGCUCUACCAUCGCCGUGGAGCAGAUAUUAAUGCAAAGAAUUGUCAUGGAGCAACAGCUUUGUUACUAACAAUUCAAUACGGUGAAAGGUAUCCGAUUGUUCAUUAUCUCGUCUCACGUGGUGCAUCAAUGCUGCAUGCCGACUCUUCACAGCCAUCACUGUUGAGUUUGGCAAAACAACGAAAAUAUGAUAAAAUCGAUAACUAUUUAUCAACACAAUUGAAUACACAAUUUCUAGCAACAAUUUUAGAUAAUGAUACCAGUCAAAUUGAUGCAUUUUCAAAAUUGAGUACUGAUCUUUUCAAUUGUACAGAUGAUGAGGAAAGAACACCCUUACACUAUGCUGUCCAGUAUCACGGAGUCGACCUGGUGAAAUGGUUGUGUGACCGUGGUAGUGAUCCGAUGAAAGCAGAUCAACAUGGAAACUAUCCAAUUACACUAGCAACUGAGAAGGGUGAUUAUGCUGUAGUGGAAUAUUUUAUAACUGCACAUGGUGCGACAAGAACAUUGCAAAAUAGAAGAGGUCAAGAUGCAUUGGCUAUUGCUAGGAAUAAAAAUUACGGUGAAAUUAUACAACUAUUCGAUCCAAGUUUUAAAAUCGAUGUUAAGAGAAAGAAAAUAUUACCCCCAAAAUAUACUAAUGAACGUUUAGAUCGUGCAGCUAAAAAUGGAGAAGUGCUAAUUAUCCAAGAAUUUAUUGAUCAAGAAUAUGCUUCAUUAAAAGAUAAAACUAAACAAUGUCAACGAAUGAUGGAAAUUGCAAAACAAGAGAAAAGUUAUCAAGUUCUGUCAAUGUUACAACCACACUAUGCAGAUCUGAGUCAAGAACUUACAACAGAACAAAGAGCCAGUCGUUUAGUCAGUCUUGGUGAAGAAUAUCAAACUAUCUUCUACAGUUUUAUGUCUAGUCUAUCACAAGUGAUUGCAGACAGUGAUGUUAAAUUAGAUCCAGAAAGUCCAGAUACAUACAAAAAUUUACUAUUGAAUAUGAAAUCAAAGAAUGGUGAACGUUUACAAAAAAUUGAUUCAAUCCAAACGAAAAGUGAUUCAAUAGAACUGUACCAAAAAGAACUCGGUGAUAUGCAAGAGAAAAUUGCUAAUCUAGAUGCCAGUGUCAAUAAGAUGAAAAUGGAAAGGAAAGAAUUGAAAAAGAAGAUAGAGACAUAUGAAAAACAGUUGACAAAUGAUACAAUGUCUGCUAUUCAGAAGAAAGAUUGUUAUGCGAAUAAACAGACAACGGAAGAUGCACUGAAUGCAUUAGAAUCAUCUAUAUUACUCUUCAAAGAAGCACAAACCACAGCAAAUAAUAAGAAGAAAUUAUUGAGUUACAUUCAUAAAACUCCGAAUCUAUUUGUAUUCUAUACAACAAUUGAAAAUCGUCUGCAGAGUUUAUUCAACGGCGUUCUAGCUGCACAAAGUAACCUGUUUAAAACUGAACUCGUAACACCGAUAGCCAUUGGAGUAACUGCAGGUCUUGAAAUGUUCCCAAUAGAAGCAAUUCCAUUGAGUCAAUUCAUUACAGUACCAACUAAAUAUGCAGUAACUAGAAUGGUUGAAGCAAUGGAUAAAAGACGACAGCGCUCUCAAUGGUAUAAUAUAUCGAUCUUAGGAAAUAUUGAAGAGCUACAAAAGGCAGCAACAACGACAGCCGGCUUAUUAACACUCUACUACAAUCAACAAAUUGAAGCUAUUGAUACUCAAUCAACGGCAGUGAAAGGUAGUAAUUUAGUGAGCACAGGUGUAGCUAAAAUAAGACAAACUGUCGAAGGUAGUCCAGAACCAAAAAAUGAAAGAACGAUUGUCAUGGUUGCACAAUUUAUUGUCGAAUUUCUCGUUGAUAUUCUAACAUCACAGGAUCGAAAAGAUACGAGUGGAAAGAAGACAAAUCAAAUUCUAAAAGAUAAAUCUUUAGCAGAACAACUGUGGCUAUUUAUUGCUAAAGAAAAUAUGUUAAAUUCAUCGAAGUGGGAAUCAGCACAAGCAAAAUUAGGCUUGUCUUUAGCUAAACGAAUGCUAGUGCUACGAAAAAGGGAUAAAACGUUUGUGAAUGUACAAGUUCGUCAGUUAUUCGGUUAUGUUUCGUUGAUCACGGGUGAUGGAACAGUAUAUCGACCAAAUGUGAAGAAAGAUAAAAAGGAGUUAGAAUUCGAUGAUAUUGAAGAUGUAUUUGGCUACGUCUACUUGGAUCCAUUUUACUCUGAUGAUGGAACAAUUAUUAAUAAAAUUGUCAAAGGUCGUGAACUAGAAAAAAGUGACAGUCAACCUGAGGAAGCAAAAGCACUUAGUGAAAAGAUUGAUGACAAUGUUCACACAUUACGAGGAAGAAUUUCUCCCACUGCUACUAUUGGUAAUAGUAGUGAUGGUGUAACAAAACGCAUGGCAUUAUCUAUUGCAGAAACACUGAAAGAACACAAAAUAAUUCUGACAAAAGAUGAAGUGAAUGAUAUGGUUUAUAAGUAUCAAGAAGGUGUCACAAUCAAUGUCGACAGUUUACGUGCAGAAAUGAAAAGUUCGGCAGCAGAAUUUCAAACAUCGAUCGAUGCUGCCUACCAAAAGAUUGGUGAAGAUUUUAAGGAAUGCACAGAAAAAUUAAUUUACCAAAAUCAGGAACUCUUUCAGAAAUAUUCACGACAGUUAACUGAACAAAUGAACAAAUCGGAACAACGUCUGCAAGAACAAAUAACGAAACGCAUGAAUCAAAUACAGGAUGAAAUGAAGAGUGCAUCAGAGAAGAUGUUGGCGAUUGCAAAUUCUGCUAAACAAGAAUCAUCUUCAGCUGUUGUUGUGUCGAAAAAAGCACAAGAAGUUAGUAUCAAAUGUGAACAAGACGCAAAAACGGCAAGUGAAAAAGCACAAGAACUAGUUCUAUCAACUGAAAAACGUAAACAAGAAAUGCAACAAGCAAUCAAUGAUAGUAUGGGUUUGAUGCGACAGACAAUUGAGGAACAAAAAGAAGCAUAUCAAACAAGUCUAAAUGAUCUGCAGAGACAAAUGAGAACGGAUCUGGAAAAUAUGCGUACAGCAGCAGAUAUUUCAAGACGAAAAGCAGAAGAAGCAGAACGUAAUUCAACAAAUACAGCGAGCUCGAUGGAAGAACUGGUUAGAAAUCAAAAGACAGAAAUGGAUAGACUACUCAAGAAUCAAAAGACAGAAACGGAUAGACUGCUGAAGAAUCAAAAGGAAGAAACAGAUAAACUGCUCAACGAUAUAACUAAAGAACGCAAAACAUAUAAUGAUACAAUUAGAGAUUUACAGAAACAAGUUGAAAGAGCAGAAAAUAACGCACGAAAGGCAGCUAAUGAGAGUGCAUCUGCUGCUGAUUCAGCUAAGAAAGCUCUAGAGAAAAUAACAAAGAAAACGACGACAGAUUGA